AUGAAUGUGCAGCGUUUUAAGGAGCAGUUAACGAAGAAAAUGCAAAAUCUCGGCGAAUCUCUUAAUUUGGAUGAUAGCGAUGUUAAGAUGGAUGAUAUGAGCGAAUAUGUUCUUUCUCCAUACGAUGACCAAGGAGCUGGUUUAGACGAUAAUUAUCAAAAACCAACUCAGAGCCAGACAUCGACCCCAAAAAAAGUGCAACAGAGCAAAUCUUCUGAAGAAGAUGAGAUCAUUAAUUCUAUUGAUGCUGCUUAUUUCAUUGACCACGAUGAAUUUGAUGCAAUUGAUUAUGAAUUGAAGAAGCUUCCGGAUGUUGAAAUGUACUAUGAGGACAUGAGUAGAGAGCGUCUUCGGUUAAAAUCUCAACAUUCAGUAGUCUCGAAACGAAUAUCGAAAUUAAUUAUGCAAAAAUCGCCGUCAUAUAGUGGUCAAAUUGUCGCAAUGGAAAGUAUACAUGCCGAGUUAAGUCGAGUAAUAACAAAUGUUUUAAAUAUUCGGAAAUCGCUUUCGCUAGCAAAAAACCAAACCGAAACGUGUCUUGGUUUAAUAGCAAAUGAGAAGAAAAAGCGAAUGCUUGGAUCAUUGAAAGACCAGCUGCUUACUAUUAAAAUGUUUUAUGAAUCGGAGCAAAGGAUACGAGAAGUAAUGGAGGCUGGAAAUUUUCCAUUAGCUAUCCAAAUGCUUAUUGAAACUCAAAUAUUAGCAGCAAAUUAUAAGCAUUUUACAUGCGUCAAUGACGUUAUGGCAAAAUUAGCUGGAAUGAGUACGUUGAUGGAAAACGAAUUGAGUAACGCUCUUUGUGAGUUUGCUCUUGUCUAUGAUGAAAUGAAAUAUGAUCAUGUUUAUACGGCAUUUGAAAUGCUUGAUAAAUCUGCGGUAGUUCCAGAAAGAUUAAUUGAGUAUUUCCAUGAUAAAAUCGAAAGCAGCUCAAAAGCGAUUGUACUCGAUAAAUUGAAAGACGGUGAGGAGGAAAACACUAAAAACGGUUUACCGUAUUCGGUAUUAUGCGCGCGGCUUGAGAAUGAACAAGUUGUGAUCGUAUUUCGAGAAUUGUGUUUCACCAUUUAUCAAUGUUUUCUAUCAUUUCAUAGUAUUCUACGAUAUCAUUCUGUUGAUGCGACAAACGAAAAAUCGCAAUAUGUGUACGACAAACUACUCGAAUCUCGCCGCAAUUUGUUUCUCGCUGCGACAAAUCAAAUACUGUAUAUGAUUGAAUCGCGGGAUUUUGUCUAUCUCAAAUUUGAUCAUAUUCUUGAUAUUGUUGAUAUGAUUAAUAGGAUUAAAAAUAUCGGGCAGAAAUAUUUUCUACAAUCGUGUUCUUCUCUCAUCACUGCCAUCGAAAAACAAAUAUCCGCUUAUUUUGUACGAUAUCAUCGCGAGAGAAUGGAAGAAUUAGGAAUGUUCGUUGAAAAUGAAUCAUUUGCAGUUUGUCCGGUCCCACCGCAAUUUACUAUUUUUGAUCUACAAGAUUUUGAAUUUCUAAAGAAAAUGCGACAUGAGCAAGAUAUGGAAGAUUUGAAUAAAGAAGAAUGUGUUCAAAAUGAAAUUUUAAUGUCGACAGACAGUCCGAAUCCAUUUAGUCAGUCUAGUAUAAAGUCUCGUCAUCAAUCAACAUACAGUACAAGAUCAAAUGAAUCUAAACAGAGAAGUUAUUCAACUAAUUCUGAAGGAAUUCCCACCGAUAAUGUCGACGGGAGUCCGCGUCACGAUCCUCUAGAGGACUCUGCAUUUCAUCAAUAUCCUACGCCAUCGCCCAAUCUCUGCAACACCGCAUUAAACCUACUUCGCUUUUUCGGUCGUUACAUUCGAAUGACUGCACUUUUGCCAUCAAUUUGUGAUAAGUCUGCGCCUGCAAUUAUGGAAUUGUACGAAUUCUUUUUUGCAUCGAUUUGUCGUAUUUUUGGGGCGGAUAAUGCUGAACAUGUUGUGAAGUCUGGAAAAUUGAACGAAUGUCUUGAAUCAAUUCAUAAAAAAUUGGUGAAAACCCAAGAUCCACAUCAAAAUUCUCCGCUGAAAAAAGUGUUUUUGAAGUCCAACGGAGAUAAUAUUUACCCGAAUUUAUGUCCAGCAGUUCAAAUCGAGUUUAUCGACAAUUUGUACGGUGCUUGUGAAAGGAUUAUUGCAAUCGAUUCAAUUGAAUUCGUUUCGAGACAACUUGAUUUGAUGCGUCCUGUCAUCGAAUCUCUAAUAUCCUCAGAGCAUCAAGAAGUAUUAUGCUCACAAUUGGAGUAUUUCUAUACCAAAGUUCUUCCAUGCUCACAUGAAGCCAAACUCUUCAUAAUAGACGCGUCAGUGACACGAGCAAUUCGUUUGAAAUCGAUUAUCGAAAUGGUUUCAAACGGAAAGUGGGAUAUCAAUGAGCUGAAGAGCCAACACAGUUCUUACGUCGAUUUCAUCAUCCAAGAUUUCGAAGCGUUCGCUUUAAGACUCAAUGCGUUGCCAGAAAAUGGCAUCAAUUUAACGGAUGAAACGCGUCGAAUAUUUUGGAAUCGCGCAAUUUAUUAUAGCUUCAAAGCGCUAGUCCAAGGAUAUGGAGAUGGUGGAAAAUGUUCAACAGAAGGUCGCGCACUCAUGCAACUCGAUUUUCAGUAUAUUCUACUCAAAUUAGAAAAACUCUGCUGCAUGAAGCCAAUUCCUCAUUCUCCGUUUGUCGACGAUUAUAUAAAAGCCUAUUAUUUGCCAGAAAAUGGUCUUGAACAAUGGAUUAAGAAUCAUUCAGAAUAUUCUUCAAAACAGCUCAUUUCCCUUCUAGGAGCCGCUGCUCAUGUUAGCAAAAAAGCUAGAGUUCGCAUAUUGGAUGCUCUAAAAGAUUGA